CAGGAGGCGCCAAAGCGCAAGAAAUUCACAGACGAAGAAGAAGAAGAAGAAUCAACACUGCGCAUGUCCGUGGGAGAAAGCUACUUCCUGUCAAAACACAAACACAUGGGAUAAAAAGUCGUGAAGGCGUUGAUCUGCAGUCAUGACGCGAUGGGCGAGAGCCAACAACGUCCACAAACACAAACCAGCAGAGGCCACUCCCUGGAGUCAGCUGAGAGGAGGAAGACCGAGAGGAGGAGGAGGAGGACGAGGAGGAGGAGGACGAGGAGGAGGAGGAGGAACUCAGAGCGACCGUCUGAGGAGGACUCAGCCCAGCGGCUCGGAUGUGAAGAAACCGAACCGUAAGAAGAAGGAGUACAUCGACGAGGAUGUGAACGGCUACAUGGAGUAUCUGCAGCAGAGCGGACGGCAGACGCCUUCAAGAGGAGGAGGAGGAGGAGGAGCAGGAGGAGGAGGAGGAGGAGGAGGAUGGAGGAGGGAGGAAGAGCCGGGGCUCAGGGAGGAGCUGGAGGUCGCCCUGAAGAAAGACCAGAGGAGGGAGGACCGGAGGAUAAAGAGGCAGACGGACAAGAAAACCAAAAUGCUGUGCUUUAACUGCAGGAAGCCUGGUCACGGUUUGGCCGACUGUCCCGAGGCCGACAGAGACGAGGAGAUGGGCCGAGGCAUCUGUUACCGAUGUGGCUCCACCGAACACGAGAUCCACAAGUGUCGAGCCAAAGUGGAUCCUGCUCUGGGUGACUUCCCCUACGCCAAGUGCUUCAUCUGUGGACAGACUGGACACCUGUCCCGGUCCUGCCCCGAUAAUCCCAAAGGACUCUACGCUCAAGGAGGCUGCUGUCGUGUCUGUGGUUCGGUGGAACAUUUCCAGAAGAACUGUCCAGAGCAUCAAGCUGCCACGAACUCCAUCACCGUGGGCUGGUUGUCCAACAACAUGAGCGCGGACCACGAGGACGUCCACGUCCCAGUGAAGACGGUCAAACCCAAGCAGACUAAAGUGGUGACGUUCUGAUCUGAGGACGAGGUCUGUCUCUCAGACCGUGUCCUCAACACGGACUAAUAAUUAUAAUAAGGAACUUUAUUUAGCUGUUUCAUUAAAAUAAACAUUUACAUCAUCAUCAUAAACUCCAGAGACUCUGUCACAGGAUCCUCAGGCUCCACCUCAGAAAAUACUUAUUUCUAUAUAAAUUAAAACACGAGGAAAAGUCUGAUGUGCACAGAAGCGUUUUUACAUCCUUCAGAAAUUUCUACAUUUCUGCAGAAAAUUGACUGAAAACAUCAACAGAUAUUCAGAGACAAGACAAAGAAAAAUGAAACUUAAGAAAUGAAAGACGAAAGACCAGACACAAUAGAAAAGACAAAACAAGCCAUGUCUGUCUGUCUCUGUGAUAUUGUCUCAUUUUAUCGUCUGAUGUUUACAUGUGUUCAGUCCGUGUCUGAUGUUCUUUUUUAUUUAAACAUAUGUAGUUUAAUGUCUC